UUCUACUGGAGGGAGCUGAGCUCCCCUAGCAUGGAGAGAGCUAUGGAACAACUCAAUCGUUUGACCCGAUCUCUACGUAGAGCCCGCACCGUGGAGCUUCCUGAAGAUAAUGAAACCGCAGUUUAUACCUUGAUGCCAAUGGUGAUGGCCGAUCAACAUCGGUCAGUUUCGGAGCUGCUUUCAAAUUCUAAGUUUGAUGUCAAUUAUGCCUUUGGAAGAGUUAAAAGAAGCUUGCUACAUAUUGCUGCCAACUGUGGUUCAGUGGAAUGCUUAGUUCUGCUUUUAAAGAGAGGAGCCAAUCCAAAUUAUCAGGAUAUUUCAGGAUGCACGCCUCUUCAUCUGGCAGCUCGCAAUGGGCAGAAGAAAUGCAUGAGCAAACUCUUAGAAUACAAUGCAGAUGUCAACAUUUGCAAUAAUGAAGGACUCACGGCUAUUCACUGGUUAGCUGUAAAUGGGCGAACUGAGCUCCUUCAUGACCUUGUACAACAUGUCACCAACGUAGACGUGGAAGAUGCAAUGGGACAAACAGCGCUACAUGUGGCAUGCCAGAAUGGACACAAAACUACUGUACUGUGCUUACUAGACAGUGGUGCAGAUAUUAACAGGCCAAACGUUUCAGGAGCCACUCCACUGUAUUUUGCAUGCAGUCACGGACAAAGAGAUACUGCACAGAUACUACUUCUACGUGGUGCUAAGUACUUGCCAGAUAGAAAUGGUGUUACACCAUUGGAUCUCUGUGUACAGGGUGGAUAUGGUGAAACCUGUGAAAUACUUAUACAGCAUCACCCAAGACUAUUCCAGACAUUAAUACAAUUGACUCAAAGUGAAGAUAUUCGGGAGAAUAUGUUAAGGCAAGUCCUGGAAUAUUUAUCACAGCAAAACGAAAGCCAGUAUCAGAAAAUACUUACAAGUCUUGCAGAAGUUGCUACUACAAACGGCCACAAACUCUUAAGUCUCUCUAGCAGUUAUGAAGCUCAGAUGAAGAGUCUGCUGUGCAUUGUCCGGAUAUUUUGCCACGUUUUUCGCCUUGGCCCCUCUUCCCCCAGUAAUGGAAAUGACAUGGGCUACAAUGGGAACAAAACUCCAAGAAACCAGGUGUUCAAGGUCAGAAAAGUAUAUGACGUUUUUAGGAAGAUAGACGUAAAAGAGAUGAAUAUGACAAAGCAUGCAAUCAUUUAUCAGACCCCUUCUUCACAGGACCCCUUAGAAUUACUUUGGCAUUCUUUAGAUGAAUGGUUAGUGCUUAUAUCUGCUGAACUGACUAAAAACAAGAAAACAUCCACAUCCACCAAUAUUGCCAGCUUUUUGCUGAAACAAAAGCCAGUGAAUCAACACGAUAUUCCUCUAGCUCAUCAGUCGGACUUUGGAGCAGACGGGAGCCCAGAACAUCUUUCAGUAUCACCAAGCACAGGACACUUUGUGAGCUGUGAAGCUGCCGUGAAACAGGAAGUUGUUGCAGAUGGUCAGGACGUUAUCUCAAUGACAGCAAAUAGGCUCAGUGCUGUCAUUCAAGCCUUCUAUAUGUGCUGUUCUUGCCAGAUGCCUCCCGGAAUGACUUCCCCGCGUUUCAUUGAAUUUGUGUGCAAUCAUGAUGAAGUUUUGAAAUGUUUUGUUACACGGAAUCCCAUAAUCAUAUUUGACCACUUCCAUUUUCUUCUGGAGUGUCCAGAGCUGAUGUCAAGAUUUAUGCACAUAAUAAAAGCCCAGCCUUUUAAGGAACGGUGCCAGUGGUUUUACGAACACCUACACGCUGGGCAGCCAGAUUCUGAUAUGGUUCAUAGACCUGUAAAUGAGAAUGACAUAUUGCUAGUGCAUAGAGAUUCUAUUUUUAGGAGCAGUUGUGAAGUGGUGUUUAAAUCAAACUGUGAGAAACUUAAGCAAGGUAUUGCCGUGCGUUUCCAUGGGGAAGAAGGCAUGGGACAAGGAGUUGUUCGGGAAUGGUUUGACAUAUUGUCUUCUGAAAUUAUCAAUCCUGAUUAUGCCCUUUUCACACAAUCAGCAGAUGGAACUACGUUCCAGCCAAACAGUAACUCCUCAGUCAAUCCAGACCACCUGAACUAUUUCAGAUUUGCUGGCGAGAUUCUGGGACUUGCACUUUAUCAUAGGCAACUGGUCAACAUUUACUUCACCAGGUCGUUUUACAAGCACAUCCUUGGUAUCCCAGUAAAUUAUCAGGACGUGGCCUCCAUUGACCCAGAAUACGCAAAGAACUUGCAGUGGAUUUUAGAUAAUGAUAUUAGUGACCUGGGACUGGAACUGACUUUCUCCGUGGAGACUGAUGUGUUUGGAGCUAUGGAAGAAGUGCCCUUAAAACCAGGAGGGGCCAGCAUACUUGUUACACAAGAGAACAAGGCAGAGUAUGUCCAGCUUGUUACUGAACUUCGCAUGACAAGAGCCAUUCAGCCACAGAUCAAUGGAUUUUUACAGGGCUUCCAUAUGUUUAUACCACCAUCUCUAAUACAGCUGUUUGAUGAGUUUGAACUGGAGCUGCUUCUCUCUGGCAUGCCUGAAAUUGAUGUAAAUGACUGGGUGAAGAACACUGAAUAUACCAGUGGCUACGAGAGAGAUGAUCCAGUCAUUCAGUGGUUCUGGGAGGUUGUCCAGGAACUUACCCAAGAAGAGAGAGUGUUGCUUCUCCAGUUUGUUACUGGCAGUUCCAGAGUACCUCAUGGCGGCUUUGCGUACAUUAUGGGAGGAAGUGGGCUGCAAAAUUUCACUAUUGCAGCUGUGUCAUAUACAUCAAAUUUGUUGCCAACUUCUAGCACAUGCAUCAAUAUGCUUAAGUUACCUGAAUACCCAAGCAAGGAAAUCCUAAAGGACAGGCUUCUUGUGGCAUUGCACUGUGGAAGCUAUGGCUACACAAUGGCGUAAUGAAGAAAGAAAAACUCAUCUGACUACUGAUGCGCAAUUCAGAGUGGCAGAACCAAUUUAGAAAACUGUCAAGAGGAAAACAGGCUUGAUACUGCCCACGGGCAGGGCUGACUUUCAAAGAUUUGUAAAGUACCUAUUUUCUUCAAGAUUAAGUGUUGUUUGUGUGGAUGUGUGAUUUGAAAAGCAAGGGGAAAAAAAAACCAUAGACAGUUCUCCCUGGCGCAUCAUGCUCUUCUGAUUUGAAAAACAAGCCACGUUUUUUUUGUUUUUAAACAAAACCACUCUUUUCAUGGAUGCAUUCAGUUUGUGUGAUCUGUUUAAUUACUGCAACAAAUUGCUUUUAUAAAUUAUUAUUUUUUUUAUGAUUCAUUUAUUGAGGAAGGAAUGAUUGCACAGAGUAUGUACGUUUACAAAAAAUCUUGUAAAACCUGUAAUUGUUUUUUUUUUUCUUCCCCUGUGGUUUUAACAUUUUAGUGUUUAUAAGCUGUAAAAGUGAGUUGUUUUGUUAUCAUUCUGUACCGCUACCAAUAACAGAACUUCAUUUCAGUUUAUAAACAUUUUAAUUAUUUCAUGCAGUUUUUUUGUUUUUUUUCCCCAUACGUGUUUAAACUGUUCAUCUGUUUUCAUUUUACAGCUGGUCAGGAAAAAGAACAGCCUUGUUUUACAUUUAUGUGACCUUUGCUGUUAUACUUUGUUCUGAAUUGUUUAUACAUUGGUUGUGCAGAUCUGAAAUGUAUUUUUGUACAAAUCAGCUUGCUAUAAUAAAGUAUUUUAUAAACUUUU